AUGGUAGUUGCUAUGUUGAUGUACCUUUAUGCACCUUAUUGGCGAGUUAGAAAGGUGCCUGGUCCUCCAACAAUUCCACUCAUUGGGCACCUUCACUUACUUACCAAGCAUGGUCCUGAUGUUUUCUCUCUGCUUGCCAAAAAAUAUGGCCCUUUUUAUAGGUUUCACAUGGGUAGGAAACCCCUGAUAAUUAUAGGCGAUGCAGAAUUAUGUAGAGAAGUUUGCAUAAAGAAAUUCAAGGAUAUACCUAAUCGAAGUAUUCCCUCUCCUAUGUCUGGGCACAUGAUCCACCUAAAGGGCCUUUUCUUUACAGGUGGUACCCGGUGGUCUACAAUGAAAAACUCCAUAAUAUCAAUGUAUCAGCCUUCCCAUAUUUCGAGUCUUUUACCAAUGAUGCAAUCUGUUAUCGAGUCUGCAGCUCAACAUCUUCCUAAAUCUGAAGAAGAAGACAUCAUGUUUUCUCACUUCGCUCUCAGAUUAGCAUCAGAUAUUAUUGGUGUAGCCUCAUUUGGUUUUGAUUUUGGUCUCACAAAAAAAACCUCACUCGAUGUUUCCACCAUCAACAACAACGAUCAAGAAAAUGACAUGGUAGUCACAGAUUUCGUCAAGCAACAUAUAUAUUCCACCACUAAACUUAAGAUGGACCUCAACGGUUCAUUCUCAGUAAUACUCGGAAUAAUAUGUCCUAUACUUCAACGCCCAUUUCAAGCAAUAUGGGAAAGAAUUCCAGGAACAAUGGAUUGGAGAACAAAGAAAUCUAAGAAGAAUUUGGUAAGUAAGCUGGAGCAGGUAGUUAAGCAAAGAGAAGACAAUAAAGACCGAGGGUCAAAAGAUUUCUUAUCGCUCGUGUUAAAUGCUAGGGAAUCAGAUGAUAAAAGGUUAAAAAAUGUCUUUACUUCCGAUUAUGUUAGUGUACUUGCAUAUGAACAAUUACUUGCCGGGUCUACUACAAUUGCUUUCACUUUAUCAGCGGUACUUUACCUUGUGGCUGACCAUCCUGAAGUAGAGAAGAAGUUGAUAGAAGAAAUUGAUGGCUUUGGUGGACAUGGUUUGAUACCAACAGUUGAUGAUCUUCAAAAUAAAUUUUCGUACCUCGAUCAAGUGAUAAAGGAAUCAAUGAGGUUCUACCCGUCAUCCCCCCUUAUCGCAAGAGAAGCAUCAAAACAAGUGGAGAUAGGAGGAUAUGUUCUUCCAGAGGGUACAUGGAUCUGGUUCUCACCUGGGAUCCUAGCCAAAGACCCUAAGAAUUUUCCAGAACCAGACAAGUUCCGUCUAGAGAGAUUUGACCCAGACUGUGAGGAAGAGAAACAAAGACAUCCAUAUGCUUUGAUUCCGUUUGGACUUGGACCGCGACAAUGUAUUGGAGUGAAAUUUUCCAUGCAAGAGAUGAAGCUGACGCUAAUUCAUCUUUACCAAAGAUAUUUGUUUAAACAUUCUCCAAAUAUGGAAAGACCUGUUACUCUGGAGUAUGGAAUCAUUCUCAACUUUAAGUAUGGAGUCAAGUUGAGAGUAAUUAAAAGAAGAACUUAG